UGAACUUACCCGCGCAUGCGCAGUGGUGGUAGGAUGGCGGAGUUGGUGUUUUUUGCCGUUCCCACUGAAAGUGACAAAACCUUGCUGGUGUGGGAACUGAGUUCUGGACCCACGGCCGAGGACUUGCAUCAUUCUCUGUUCACAGUAUUCUCCCAGUUUGGCCUUCUGUAUUCGGUCCGAGUCUUCCCAAAUGCUGCAGUGGCCCGUCCUGGUUUCUAUGCCAUCAUCAAGUUUUAUUCAGCAAGGGAUGCUCACAGAGCUCAAAAGGCAUGCCACGGGAAGCAUCUUUUCCAGAAUUCUCCAGUGAAGGUUCGUCUUGGCACGAGACAUAAAGCGGUUCAAUAUCAGGCCCUUGCCCUAAACAGCUCCCAGUGCCAAGAAUUGGCAAAUUAUUAUUUUGGUUUCAAUGGAUGGUCAAAAAGGAUUAUCAAGCUUCAGGAUCUUUCUGACCUCGAAGAAAGAGAAAAUGAAGAUACUGCAGUACCACUUCAGAAGCAGAGCCUGAAAUUCUUCUGUGCCUUAGAAGUGGUGUUGCCAUUCUUUGAGUGCAGGAGUCCUGGAGUCGGCAUGGCUGAGGAGCCUUUGGAGAAGUUGGAGGAAGGGCCAAUAUCAUUUCUGAUGAAAAGGAAAACCACCCAGAAGCUUGCUAUUCAGAAGGCUAUGUCAGAUGCAUUCCAGAAACUGGUGAUUGUGGUUUUAGAAAGUGGUAAAAUAGCUGUGGAAUAUAGACCCUGUGAAGAGAUUACAGAUGCCAGAACCGAAGAGGAGCUACAGGAUUUAAUUCAAAUCAGCUACUUUUCUUGGAAGCAGGAUGGCCAAGGGGAGGAAGAAUGUCUCUCGGAUUUAAGCUUUGAAGAGGAUGAGUUCAAACCGCCAGAACUGGACUAGCAUUUUUAAUUUCCCAGGAUGCCAGGUCCUGUGGCUUCCUUGGGAAACUGUCCACCCCUCCCCCCCACUCCCCCAUCUCCCCUGCCUCCCGCCCAGAGCUGCUGGAGUCCGUGGCCAUCCUGCCUCGCUGUGAGCAUCAGGAGGUAGCUUUGCCCUUUGUAGAGGGAAGGGAGGCUUGAGCCCCGGUGAUUCUGGAAAAGGGCCUCGCUCCGACCGGCGCGGUGCCCACCUGCGCCCAGCUAAUAAAGGUGGCGUAAAUAAA